AGUAGAAAAUACUUUCCCCUUACAAACCGCGGAAAAUCUUUUCCACGCUCCGUCACUGCGAGUGGAAAAUCAUCACUAAACCCUGCUAAUUCCACAACUAUUAAUUUUUUCAUUGAAAACUGGUUACCGGCUCUAAUUCGUUCUUACUCUGUACAAAAUUAGGGCUCUAUUCAACUCGCCCAAAAUUCCCCAAUCUCUCUCUCUCUCUCUCUCUCAAUUUCAGCGAUUCUCCUAAACCCUAAAUGUUCCUCACUCACUGACUCGAGCUUAACCGAGUUUGAAAACCAUAAUUAUUCGCGAUCGCGAUGAAAAGCUCUCCGCGAAGAGGAGCUGGUGGUUUCGAUGUGUUCGAUUUCAAGGAAGAAGAUGAGCUUGCUGAUUUGGCUUCCGAAAAAUUCCUCGAGAAGUUCAAAAGCUCUAGCGUCGAUCACCAUUCCACUUUGAAAGAAGAGUUUGUCGAAUGUGUUACUGAGGGAGCCAAUCAUGGAACGAAGGAAGUUGGUAGUAUACAUUGUGUAGAUGUUGAUGCAAUUGACUGUAAACAUGGUUGUGACAAUGCUAAUUCAUUUAAACCUCUGGGCAUAGAGGGAGAGAGCUUUGCUGACAAAAAGGAGUUCUCUGGGUUGGAUGCUACCCAGGAUUCCGAUUCUAUUAGUCACGAACAACCUGAUUUAAAACCAGAUAGUAAUGGAUCCAGAUGUUUCAUUUCUGAACUGGAGAGAAAAGAUUCAAUCCUUGAAGCUCCUACUCCAGAAAAAGGGCAGAUAGAUUCUGCACUUUUGGAGGCUCCAUCCAAAAAUGAGCCAGUUGAUGUGAUCUCAGAUGCUGAUGAGAGCAUGAGUGGGAAUUCUCCCUCAAGUCCUACCUCUGAAACUGCAGAAGAUGGAGUUUCAUUGAAUGGUUAUGCAACAGAGCAGUCCUUUGGUGAUAUGGGAAUGGAUGACACAGAUAUGGAGGUCGUUCUUUAUACGGAUUAUGUUUUAUAUCGGGAUAUUUAUUGUACGGGUCCCCAGUUAACUUUCUCAUCCAGUUGCAUCAAAAUUAGUGGUUCAAAUCCAAAUGGAAAUGAAGGAACCUUUAACUUUGAAUGUGGAGUCGAUGAUGUUAUUGAUAUUGCUUGUCAGUGGACUCGAAGAGUUGAGACUGUCAUUAUAAAGCUCCGUGUAAUUACAGAAGAUGCAGUUCAAACAAAUAAUGAAUGUAGCACUCCAGGCAUUGAGGAGUUGAAGAUUGCUGUAGUUGAGCCUGAUUGGUCCCACAAACAGGAAGUGAUCACCUCUAUGAAUGUGAAAUACGAGGCUGUGUGGGAUAUUGUGGAUAAUAUGGACAUGGGAAUGGAAGAGGAUCAUCUACUUGGAAGGAGGCGCUAUUUUCCAAAUUUCGACGAGCCUUUUGAAGAAGUUAUAUAUCCAAAAGGGGAUCCUGAUGCUGUUUCCAUUAGUAAGAGAGAUGUUGAUUUAUUACAGCCAGACACUUAUGUAAAUGAUACAAUCAUUGACUUCUAUAUCAAGUAUUUGAAGAAUCAGAUUCAACCUGAGGAAAGGAACCGUUUCCACUUCUUUAAUAGUUUUUUCUUUCGGAAGUUGGCUGACAUGGACAAAGAUCCAAACAGUGCUUCCGACGGAAGGGCUGCUUUUCUACGUGUCCGUAAAUGGACAAGGAAAGUUGAUAUUUUUGAGAAAGAUUUCAUCUUCAUUCCCAUAAACUUCAGUCUACAUUGGAGCCUAAUAGUUAUAUGUCAUCCUGGUGAAGUGGCUAGAUUAAAGGAUGAAGGUUUGGACAAGUCACCUAAAGUACCAUGUAUAUUGCAUAUGGAUUCUAUCAAAGGAAAUCAUACGGGUAUCAAAACUCUUAUUCAAAGUUAUUUGUGGGAAGAGUGGAAAGAGAGGCAAAAGGAGACGCCAGAAGAUCUCUCUUCUAAAUUUCUUAACCUGCGGUUUGUCUCACUUGAGCUGCCACAGCAGGAGAAUUCAUUUGAUUGUGGUCUAUUUCUGCUCCACUAUCUGGAGCUCUUCCUAGCAGAAGCUCCUGUUAAUUUCAGUCCAUUCAAAAUAAUCGAGUCCUCCAAGUUUCUUCAUGUGAAUUGGUUUCCACCUGCUGAGGCUUCUCUGAAGCGUACUCUUAUCCAGAAGCUAAUAUCUGUACUCCUAAAAAAUCAUUCUCCGGAAAUCUCGUCAGCUGCUUGCAGUGACGAAGAUGGGCCCUUUGAAUUUCCUGGGAAUAAUAAGAGUGAAACUGGUGUGGAGUUUCUUUCUCAGAGAUGCAGUCCUGCAAUAGCUCCCCAGGGCAAUUUAUCUAGUUCCCAGGCUGGCCAGGGGAUUGAAAUGACUGUUUUAUCAGUAUCUUCGAUCAGUUCUCAAUGUGUCAACGACACAGGCUUGGUUCUCAAAGAGUUUCUUGAGUCAGGAGCAACUGCAGGAUCAUUACUUGGACGGUUACCAUCUUUUGACCAUCCAUCAUCUUAUUACCAUCUCAAUGGUCCAACAGAGGAAGAUGCAGAAAACAGUGACCAUUUUGUGUUUUUGCCUUCCGGUGAUACUGGUUUUCAGCAAAUGGUUGGCAUCAUACCUCAAGAAAGUAGCAUUCCAUUUUCAUCAAGAGAUCUUGGAAUGGAAACUUCAUAUAAUUUAGGGAUCUCCAUGCACACAGAGCAUGACAAUGUUGUUGACUCAUCUCCUGAGACAUUAAGUUGUGCCUCUGAUGAUUCAGAUGUAGGGAUUAUUGAAAAUUGCCCAGUCAGGGAAAAUGUGGGUACAAAUCAGAGGGAAGAAACAGAUGAUCAAAGACGUCUAUCAACGGCAAACAUGGAAUGUUUGACAGAUAGUGUUUUGCUGGAUGCUUUUGCUGUUGAAGGUUCCGAAGACCCUGAUAAGAUGUAUGAUGGUAAUGAGAAUAAUGAUGGCCUCCCCUCCCAUCAAGAAAAUUCAGAUAUCUUGUUGCAUCAAGAUUCUGAUAUAAUGGGUAAUGGGGAGGUUGCUUGUGAUAAUGUGCAGGAGAUUGGUGACGAUCAGAUUGCAGAGACACAUGAGCAACAACCUGCAAAAGAGCUGACAAUGGGUAACAGGGAGGUUGCUUGUGAUAGCGUGCAGGAGAUUGGUGAAGAUCAGAUUGCAGAGACACAUGAGCAACAACCUGCAAAAGAGCUGACAAUGGGUAACGGGGAGGUUGCUUGUGAUAGCGUGCAGGAGAUUGGGGAAGAUCAGAUUGCAGAGACGCAUGAGCAACAACCUGCAAAAGAGCUGAUAAUGGGUAAUGGGGAGGUUGCUUGUGAUACCGUGCAGGAGAUUGGUGAUGAUCAGAUUGCAGAGACGCAUGAGCAACAACCUGCAAAAGAGCUGUUAAUGGGUAACGGCGAGGUUGCUUGUGAUAGCGUGCAGGAGAUUGGUGAAGAUCAGAUUGCAGAGACACAUGAGCAACAACCAGCAAAAGAGCUGUUAAUGGGUAACUGGGAGGUUGCUUGUGAUACCGUGCAGGAGAUUGUUGAUGAUCAGAUUGCAGAGACACAUGAGCAACAACCAGCAAAAGAGCUGAUAAUGGGUAACGGGGAGGUUGCUUGUGAUACCGUGCAGGAGAUUGUUGACGAUCAGAUUGCAGAGACACAUGAGCAACAACCAGCAAAAGAGCUGAUAAUGGGUAACGGGGAGGUUGCUUGUGAUAAUGUGCAGGAGAUUGUUGACGAUCAGAUCGCAGAGAUAAAUGAGCAACAACCAGCAAAAGAGCUGAUAAUGGGUAACGGGGAGGUUGCUUGUGAUAACGUGCAGGAGAUUGGUGACGAUGAGCAACCACCUGCAAAAAAACCACGUCUUAUAUCACCCCUCGAAGGGGAAGGAAAUCUUACAAUUAUAUAAAGUACAUCAAAGGUCUCCCCUCUGUAAGUAGGACCGAGGAUGACUUUUUUGUUUAUCUUUUAUCUACUCUAGGAAUGAUUUGCCAACCUGUGAAUAGGUUUGUGUCUCUAUAUAUAGUACCGUUGGUGGAUGGAUGAACUGAUAGAACAUGUUUAGGUACACCUUUUAGUUGAAGUUAAAAUUCAUUAUUUUCCUUGCCUUGCAAUGAAUUUUUUUUUUUUUAGGUCA